UACACAUGCGCAAGCACAUUUGCUAGUACCUCUUACUUCUGUGGAAAUACUGUGUCUAUAUUGUCGGAUUCAAGGGUUAAAAUCGCUGUUUCUGCUCCCUGAACAUAAGGGGAAGCUUGACUAUGGCCGGUUUUGAGGAAAAUCCCUUCGCUGGGGACUCAGAAAAUCCAUUCGCUGUAAGUAUUCCUUCUGUGAAUAAGAUUGUUUUUGCUUCAUAAUGCAAGACAAACACACAUUCAGACGACGGUAGUGAUCUCGGAGAUUUUUAUGUUGGUUCUUUUAACGUGUCGGGAAUUCUUUACAUUUACAGGAUCCAUCGGUUGCUUCAGUUACGAAUAAUGCCUCCAAAGGACUGGAAGAUUUCAAUCCAUUUGCGGACGCGAACACAGCUCAACCAACAGGAGCAAAGGUUGUUCAUUUCCUCUAAGUGUUUCAUUUUUGUUAAGAGCGCUUUCGUAACUUAAAAAAGUGGUAUUUUUUUCCAUGAGGGCCUUGAGUUAUAGAAAUAACACUUAAGAAUACUAAGGGUGAUAGUUCUAUGAACUCCCUUCGUUUCUGAGAACGAGAGCGUUGACUAAUUGAAGUCACAUUAAGACUGAUUUGUUUUCAUGUAGACUUGGAUAGACAUGAUUGUACUUUAUUUUUGUCGUGAUGUACUUGGCCGCAGAAUACACAUCACGAACCCCAGCUCUUACCUUUAUCAGCGCAGGAUGUUGAGAAAAAAUGUCUGAUGUUCGAAUCUACUCAGGGUUUAAGCUUACGAAAACCUCUUGUUUGCGAAAACCUCUUAUUUGCGAAAACCUCUUCGAUAGAGACCUGUUUACCAUUAAUUUCCUCCUACAAAGUAGCUGAUAUAAGAUCAAGUAUAUAAGAUCAAGUAUUCUUGCUUAUAGAAACCUGUCACUUAAUUUUUUUAGAGCUUGCAUUGUUAGGUUCUCUUUGCUCUCCUUAUUGUUAAACAAUUUUGAAAAAAUUGCGUUGAGAAAGAAACAAGAUCUUAAACUUAACGUGUUGAUUUUGUAUCUGCUGUGCGUUAGAGCAUAUAGCUAUGAACUCAGUGAAGGCUUCUGAAAUAAACAGUUGUUGGUCGUUUCACACAGGGAUUUAUCAUAUUCAAACGCAAGUGAUACCAGCUUUUGAAUAAAAAUCCCCAAUAGUUAAUGGACAAAGCAGUAGGUUGCUUUAAAUCCAGCUGAACAAGGAACAAAUUUAUUAUUUGCAAGGAUGUAGCAAAGUUGUAACAGAAAAUUCUUAAGUAAUGAUAUUGCGCUCAAUUUAUCAUUUGUGGGCUCUAUUUUCUUUAUUUCUGUUCUUCUAUUAGCUCUCAUUCAAGACAUAGAUGAAACCAGAUAUAGCCCUGUUCAUGAUCAGAAAUACUAGUUGAAUUAUAGCUACAAUAGAUCACACAUUAGGAGGUUAUAUCAUGGGCUGUAAAUAAAGCAUUAUGCUAAUAUGUGUAGCUUGAUUGAAAUAGUUGUCUUUAAUUAUACCACACUCUUUAUGAGACUCGCGCUUAUGUGGAUAUGCAAUUGAUUUGUUAUUUGGUUUUAUAUUUGACUUUGUUUUUUUAGUUAAUAUUGAAUCACAAUACAUUGUUUUAAACUGAAAUUAAGAUUCCUGAAUGAUAUUGAAACCUAACAUUCCUAGCAAUAUUUACAAACUGAAAUAAUUACCUAUUUUGCAGAAAUGAUACAGAUAAAGAACAUGUUUCAACAUGGCAUGAACAUGUAUAUGGAGCAACAAAUUUGCGAAGACUUUACAGAUUAAGUUUGAAAACUUGAACCUGGGAAAAAUAGUUCCAUCAGUUCAAAAACUCUAAACAUGUAAUAAAUUUGGCCUCCCAUAGCAAAUAGAUUGUCAGGAAAAAAAUAGAAUUAAAACCAAGAAAACAGUAAUAGCAUUUUUAAUGUAGUUAAUAAUUUUUGGUUCAACACUCAAAACUCCUUUUCUUGUACACUAAGGCAGAUAAGGCAGAAUGCAAUCCUACUUGAGCCAGCUCUUGUAUGCUGCUAUAAUAUUUGUCUUUUCUGUCUUUGUGGUUCAAAGGUUUUCUUUCUCUCUAAUUGUGCUGUUUGCUGAUUUUUUUCUAGCCUUAGACAGGACAUACUCUAACUAGUUCUUGUAUGCUGCUAUAUUAUUUUUUUUGUUUCAGUGGGUCGAAGGUUUUUUUCUUUCUAAUUGUGCUGUUCACUGAUUUUUUUCCAGCCAAAGACAACACCAGCUGUCCAACCCCCUCCUCCACCACCACCCACAGCACCACCCCCUUCUUCCUCUCAGCCAGCUGUGCUUCCGACCAGAGAAGAACCUCCACCUUAUGUGGUAUGUGUAACAUACGUAUAUGUUUUACUUUAAAAGUAGAAAUCAGAAUAGCUUGUGAACCAGUUGUAGUUUGGGAUGUUGUAAAGUUACUGUCUCAAGUCCCACUCAAAAACAUGCUCUGGUGGUGAUUGAAGGGCAGAGUGAGCAAUAAACAUUUGGUACACAAUGUUUACCUUGAAAUGCAAUGAAGUAUAUGAAGUGAAGUUAAUGAGGGAUGAUGAGUCAACUUUUAUUUUUGACCCCACUAUUUUCUACAUGUAUCUCACACAGAUUGAAGAAGAAGCAGAAAAUUUACGGAAAAGGCAGGAGGUAUGGUGUCCUCAUCAGUGUUGUAUGUGUGCCUGUACAGUGUGUCGCUAGACUGUGCUCUCCAAGUUAUGGCUGUUUUGGUGCUCAUUCUAGCUACUAAAUUUUCAAUUUCCAAAUUGGUAGUUUGUGUUUGGUGUUUAUAUAGCAAGGUGGAAAAGUUUUUGGUACAAAAUGGCACAGCUUUUUCUGGAACUGCUCUGUCCAUUGAUGUAGAAAUGUAGUUUGAAAGUUGAAAUACUGAGAUUUCAUAAUAAAUGUAUUCUUAUGGUCAGGCCACAAAUUAAAUGCCAGUCCAAUUUUUUAUAGGAUUUAGAACGUAAAGCAGCAGAACUUCAAAGGAAAGAACAAGAGUUACAACGAAUGCAAUUUGGAGGUAGAGGCUUUUAAAAUAUUUCAAUUAAAUAAUCUUGAAGGGUACAUGUACAGCACACCUUCUAACUCUGUUGUGCACACUGCUCAAAACAUCUUAAACCCUUUUACUCCUAGAGGUGAUUAACAUGUAACUUCUCCCAUAAUAUCCAUUUAUUAUCCAGCAAAAAGAAUACUUAAACUUAUCAGGUAGAGGUUGUACUUUUGACCUAACACCAAACUCUUGUGACUUGCUUAAAAGAAAAUGUGUAGAAGUAAGAGGGGGGAAUUUGCAAUCAGAUUUGGGAUUGAAAGGGUUAAUUAACUUUUGGAGAAUGUUGCUGUGCAUUUUUUGAAUGGGUUGUUUUAUAAAGUAUAUAGAGAAGACAAACUAUGCCAAACCAUUUUAGUUGUAGUGAAGAAAGUAACAUGUUUUAUUUUUUUUUCAAAGGCUUAAAUUUGGAGUGCCAUAUAGAAAUGUAGUAUUGUACUCUUUAACGUUAAUGCCUUCUUUGUUUACAGGGUGUAAAAUUAAUUUUUUUUUUUGAUAGCCACUUGGCUCCUUAAUUCUUCAAAGUGGUAGCCAAUUCAGAAAAAGUUGGUCAUGAUUUUCAAAGACAAACAAAACCUUUUGUCAGUGUUCUAGAUAGACCCUCCAAAAUUAAGUUAGGGAAAAGAUCUUUAACUUGCUACAAAGUGGAAACUAGGAUGGAAUGAUAUACAACGUUCAAGCUCACUUAAAUCCAAGAUGGUGUCUAGUUAUUGGAAACAAACUUAACAAGGAAGUUUGCUGUGGAUUUAUCUUUUUAGUUCACUUUAUCUCUUGGUAAGGUUAUGAUGAAACAUUCUAGUUACCAAUUUGACAACAAAUUUUCAGGAUUUGGUCACCAAAGUUAAAAAUUUAGUUGCAUUGGGGCCUGUAUUAGGUGCAAUUUCGUGCCCUGAUUGACCGAUCAGGAUAAAGAUAUUAAAAUGCGUACCAUUGUUGUCUUUUUUUAUUUGUUUUACAGGUUAUAGGGAAAACAAUUUCCCUCCUUUCCCCAAAAAAUGUCCUUGUAAGCCAUGUUUCUUUCAGGAUAUCAGCAUUGAUAUUCCCAUUGAUUACCAGAAGACUUGUAGAAUGGUCUACAUCAGGUGGCAAGGUAAGUGCUUAUCUUCAAUGUUGAAUGUUUAUGGCUAAUUAACCAAAUUGUCUUAUUAUGGAUCAACAUACAUUUUUCUGCAAUAAGAAAGAUUGUAAAUUUUGAAAUUUUGAGCUUGUUCAUCAAAUAGAAUAAGAAGUGAAACGUACAGUUGUGACAUUGGUAGAAUGUUGAAAAAUUCUAAGUAAAUCCCUGUUAAGAAUUUGAACCCCAGACUAUUAAAUUGUUGUUAUUAAACACAGUAUAAUGGAGGUACAAAGGGCCUCUUCUGACAAGAUUAUGAGCUCAUUCACACAUGUAAGUUCAAAGUUAGCAGGUGUGAGUUAGUUACCGAAUAUUGGUUUUAGCCAAUGGUUUUUUUUUCUGUUGUGAUGGUGUGUAUUUGUGAUGUUGAUGUCUUUUGUCCUGCUUUUCUUUCAGUAUACAGUUUUACGAUGUUUUUCAACUUCCUUGCUGCAUUUGCCAUGCUUGUGAAAGAUGCUGAGCCAAUACACGAGGGCCAAACAUUUGGAAUAUCAAUACUCUACUUAGUGGCAAAUAUUCCUCUUUCAUUUCUUGGUUGGUACCGGCCAUGCUAUAAUGCUCUGAAGUGAGUACAGCUCUAAUGGGGAGAUUAAUAACAUUUAAGUAUAAUUUAAGUUAGCAAAGUGAUUGUCUGAAUUUGGAGAUCCAAUGUUUGGAGUGUUAACUCCCAGAGUUGAUGUAACUUCUGCCUAUGAUAUCCAUACAUUAUCCAGCAAACAAGGAAUGAGAGUACUCACACUUAUCAGGUAGAAUUUAUCUUGAUCCAAUACCAAAUGAUUGCAACUAAUUUACAAGAAAAUUUGUAGCAUCUAGAGGGGAGAAAUAACUGUCAGAUCUUAGUGGGGGGAAGGGUUUAAAUUACAAAGUAAUGCACAGAUGUGAGUUGUUUUGAAGCUUGAGUUUCAAUUUUUGGGAAUCAAGCUUCAAAACACGGGGAGAAUUUUUGUGGGAAACAACUUACCGUCAGUAAUUCUUAAGAGCAGAUCAAAAGCAGAUCAAAAGCAAUGGACACAGCCCUUGAUGACUUUAGCCCUCCUUACUGUUGCAAGCUAUGUUUUCAUGGUUCCUAGCAGUUUAGUGCUAACUGUGUGUUUUGUUCUUCUUGCUUCUUUCAGGAACGACAGCUCCUUCAGCUAUGUAAUAUUCUUUCUCCUUUACUUUCUUCACAUAGCUAUUAAUAUAUUUUACACCCUAGGUAUUCCUGGUGGUGGAACCUGGUAAGUUUCCUUUUUGCAUGGACUCUUGAUACAUUUUUAUCAUUACUGUAAUUUGUUGGGUUUGGUAUAGUCAGUAAAAGGGGACACUUUCUGCAAACUCAGGGUCUGUGACCUUGAUUUUGUAGAGUAUGUGUAUAUUAGUCCUUGUAACCCAUUUACUUUGUAGCAAUUCAAAACCUUUUCUGUUUCAAGAAGACUCUAUGCAGACUUUCAGUGAUGUAUCCCUAAUCAUGCUUGCAGAAAGGAAAAACAAAGAAAACCAUGUCCAAGAUUCCUAAAUUUCUUUCAAUUAUUUUAUUUCUGGAAUGAACUCCUUUGUGGACAGGGCUGUUGAUAAGUUUGAAAGUUUAGGAAUAGUAGUCAGGUGAUUUAAUGCGAAAGCCAUGUUGUUUUGUUAGUUCCACUAGGGUCAUAGGAACCAAUUCACAUAUUUAAAUCUUAACUGUUAAAUUAUCUGUGGAUUCAGUUUGGAACAAAACUGGGAAAUUGCUGCGGUGCAUGUCUCCCAUUGUAUUUCAAUAAUUGAACAAUUUUUCAUCAGUACUUUUGACUAAGGGAGGUAAAAGAAACUGGCCAAAGAUGGUAGACAAGCCAGCAGAAUUGGCCAGCUACCACCUCAUUGAAAGCUCUAAAUGACUGAGCAUAUUCAGUCAAGUUGGCUGGAUGCAUCUGUGAUAUUAACUCAGGAGUAUAACAAUACAGGCUGUAGGUGACUCCAAUUUUUCCUAUUUUAGCGGUUUUAUCAACGCAACUCAAGCAGUUCACCAUAGUGUACCUGUAGGAGCCAUGAUGUUCACAUCAGGAGUAUUGUUGUUACUUGGUGUUAUUGUAGAUAUUUUCCUUCUUAUGAAGGUACAGUUUUGACAGAUCUUAUCAAAUUUUUUACUUUCUCUCAAGCAACCCAGUGUCACACAGGGUUCUUGCCAAGUGUUUUUUGCUGCAGGUAAAAACAGUAAGCACAUUUCAGCAUACAUGUAUGAGAUAUUUUCAAAGCUGUAACCACCAGCAUCAGAAAAGUAAGAUUUUCAAUUGAGUGCUAUAUCAGUAUUCUCCUUUUCGCAAGCCCUAGGAUCUCAAAUCCCACGGCAAACUAUUAUUUUUGCUUCAGUGCCAGAGACCAUGGAAACCCAUCUGUAACUAUUUUUUGGUGCCAUGAAAAUUCAUGGGAAUCUCCUUUAUAUAACUUUGAUUUCCAUCAAAACAGGAUUCUCAACUGUUGUGAAAAACACAUUGAAAUGGAACAUGUACACUUUUAUAACCAUUAAAUUAACAACUGGUGAACAUAUGGGCCACCACCUUCAGUAAAAUGUAUCAUACUAUGCGAAUGAUACAAGAUAGCACUGAGAGAAGAUAGACAACUGAUCUAGCUUCAUAUAUAAGCAGAAUUGCUCUACCACUAAAACUUCAGAGGGAGAAAAACACCUUUCACUUUAAUUUUGGUCAGUGAGGGUAAAUAUGUUGAUGGGAAACUAUUUUUUGGUUCUGUUAUUUUGAUAACAUAGUAACAAAGGGGUGAGGGAGUAAUUAUUGGUAAACACUUCUGAGAAAUAUCUGGUAUUAUUAUCCAACUGCACAAAGUUGAGUGUAAAUUACGCAUGAAUAGGUUACAAAUAUGCUGCCAAUAAUUUACAGUUAUUUGGACAGUUGGUUAGUUUGCACUGCAAAAAAAACCUGUUUAACAAGGCAGCUGCACACCCUAUGCUUCUCUAUCCGCUUUGCUUUUCCUACCUUAUGAGACAUGAGCAGAAAGACUUAGCGGGAAAAAAAAGCAGGUGGAUAAUAAAUAACUUAUUAGAUGUUUUGGUGUGUAGUAUUGCUGAUUAUUUUUACUUGUAGUUUGUAUUUUGACUCACUCUAUGGGCUCGUCAAAAUAUGGCACAACUCAUGAAAAUACUCAGUGAUUCUACACACCAAAAUGUCUAAUAAGAGAUAUAUAUUAAAAUGAAAUGGCCACAAAAAUGUGGUUACUGCAUGUAGUGCUGUACUAGUAGUUGAGGCAGUUAUGCACAUUAUGCUUGUGUGUAGUGGUAACUUUGUUUAUUUUGGUACAAAAAUUUCUCAGGUCCAUAGGAUCUACCGUUUGGCUGGUGCCAGUUUCGAGAAGGCACAGGGUGAGUUUGCAAGUGGUAUGGCCUCCAAUCCACAUGUUCAGAGUGCAGCAACCGGUGUCGCAGUUGCUGGAGUGCGAAGUGCCAUGACCAACCAGAAGUGAGCAGUACUGGAAGUGGAGAAAGGAGGAGUCAGGAAAUCACAAUUUACACAUGUUAGAAGAAAUGCAUAAUAACAGGCUCUGUAUGGAUGUGUUUUGCCCAUACAUUGAUGUUCUUGUAUUUUCUUACCUCUUUACAUUUGUAGUACAAUUUUUUUUUCUGUAAGUAUGAGGAAUUAUGGUGCCACUUUAUUUGCUUUUGAAGGCAUCAUUUUUAGUUGUAUCAGUAGGAUUUAAACAGGCGAUAAAAAAAUGAAUCCAAUUUCCCAUAAUGAGUUAGUAGCUUUAUUUCAGUUUCCAGUAUUCAGUGAGGCCAAAAUUGGUGAAACUAAAGUCCUUGUUUAUAAAAGUUUUGUAGUCUUUUUUCAGUAAAGGGGUACUUUAAAUCGUACCUUUAAGUAACCUUGUUAAAGAUGACAUGGAAGAAAGCAAAACUGAGAAGAGCCUGUGGGCAAGAAGUGCUGUUAGCUGGUAUCAGCCCUGUGUAAGGCCAUUGUAGUGAAGGGGAAAAAGGAAUUGGGAGCUGUGAGAAUAGGGGUGGGCAAGAAAGGAGAUACGUUAGUUUUGUGUUCACUUUGUCUGCAGUAUUUUGUAAUGAAGGGGAAAGAGAGGCAUUCCAGUGAAGGACAUGGAGACUGGGGAACAAUUCUCACCCUCCUCAUUCCCACCCCUCCACCAACUUGCAGCUUGAACCAUGUGACCUUUUAUCAGGCUUAAUUUUAAUUCUUGGUGUUAAACAAAGUCCUCUCUGUAUCAAAAUACUUUGUAUUUAAUAAAAAUGAAAUAUCAGUAGUCUGGAUUCACAGAACACAAUCAUUUUGCCAAUGAAAGAUGGGAGAGAGCACUGAUGAACUCAUUAAUGGCAAGAGUAACUGAUAUUCGUUCAUGUACAUGCUAAGAAGCCUUCCUGGUCUUCCUGACCAGUGCACUUGUAAAUGCCAAGUUACAUAAUACAGCUGAUAGACAUUAGUCAGAACAGAAAUAAGUGUUUGGCUUCCAUGUGCAUUUACCCAGCUACUGAUAAAGCAACCCAUUGAAUUGUUAUAAUAUAGAAAGUAGGGGUGGCAUGGAUUGUCAUCUUUCGUGUUUAAAUUGUACACUCCAUUUAUAGUUGAAGC